GCAAUGUUCAUCUUCUCUCCGAUCUUCCAUUCAACAUUUUAACAACGCCUUUUAUAAUGGGGUGGUGUUAGUCUCAAUAUUUUAUUGGAGUUAGUCAAGUUGCUUUGUGAGAUUUAAAAAAGGGUAUACGUAGGUGUCAUGUGAGUGGGGAUAAAUUUAAAGUAUAGUAUAGGGUAAAAGAAGAAUGUGCAUGGCAUGAAGGGUAUUAAAAAAGGGGUAGGCUUAGUGCGUACGUUUCAACUUGAAGUAUUUAGAGAGGAAAAUCAAAUAUUGAAUCAAGCUAGGUCUUGCAUUUCUCAUGAACUGUGGAGUCGUGUUGGGUUUCUAUUGUUGGGGUUGGGAGUUCUUAACUGCCCUUCUUCUCUUCUCCUCCUCCUCUUAUUCAUCAUUCUCUUCUUCUUCCUCCUCAUCUUAAUAUAUAUAUAUAUAUAUUAUUUUCUUUUCUUUUAUACAAAUUUAAUAAUAAAUAAUAAUAUGGAAGGAGUUAGAAAUGAUCAUGAUAAUAAGGGGUUGUUGGAAUGUGCAAGGAAGUGCACUCCACCACCGUUUUUGAUGAAGACUUACAUGUUGGUGGAGGAUCCGGCCACCGACGACGUCGUUUCGUGGAACCGCGAAGGGACGGCGUUUGUGGUGUGGCAGCCGGCGGAGUUUGCCCGUGAUCUGCUGCCAACACUCUUCAAGCACAGCAACUUCUCUAGCUUUGUGCGUCAACUCAAUACUUAUGGCUUUCGUAAAGUUGCAACAAGUAGAUGGGAGUUUUUCAAUGACAAGUUCAAGAAAGGUGAAAGAGAACUGCUGCAUGAGAUUCGGCGAAGAAAAGCUUGGACCAACAAGCAACAACCUAAUGCACCAAACCAAGAUUCUGAUGAAGAUCAAAGGUCCUCAUCAACCUCUUCAUCUUCUGGUUACACCACUCUUGUGGAUGAAAACAAACGACUUAAGAAGGAGAAUGGGGUGUUGAGCUCUGAGCUCACAAGCAUGAAAAGGAAGUGCAAGGAACUGCUUGAUUUGGUUGCCAAAUAUUCAUCACAUGCAAAGGAGAAGGAAGAAGAUGAAAGGCCAAAGCUGUUUGGGGUGAGACUUGAUGUUCAAGGAGGGAGAGAGAUGAAGAGGAAUAGAACUGAGAUGAGUGAAAGCGCAAGCAUUAUGCUGUCUCAGUCAUGCAAAUAGACAUGCAUGCAGCAUAUAAAUAGAAGCUUAUAUAUAGCUACUAAAAAUGUAAUAAUCAAAUAUCUGGAAAAUCAUAUAUUUGAUUAAUUAGAUAGGCUUGCAAAGAGUAUUUUCCCCCAGUGUUGUAGCUAGCUAUAGUUACUUUGAAGAUCAUAUUUGGUGCAACAAGGAACUAAUAAUAAAGACACCUCAAGCACAGUGCUGUAAUUAUGUAAUGUGAUUUAGGAUCAUGCAAUCGAUACACAAUUGAAA